AUGUCUGAGAAACCGUCUUCGUCGUUGACAUCCUCUACAGCUGCUCGAGAAGUUGGUUCGUCGUUACAGGAUUUGAAUGAAAAGAAGCAAAGUUUUAGGCGCAACGUGGUGUCGUUAGCGGCGGAGUUGAAGGAGCUUCGUAGUCGUCUUUCGUCGCAGGAAAAAUCGUAUGCCAAAGAAACUCUAACAAGACAGGAAGCAGAGACAAAUGCCAAGAAUAUGGAAUUGGAAAUAGGCAAGUUGCAGAAGAAUUUGGAAGAAAAAAAUCAGCAGCUUCAGGCUUCAGCUUCCACUACUGAGAAGUAUCUGAAGGAGUUGGAUGACCUUAGAACACAGCUUGUAGCAACGAGGGAAACUGCUGACGCAAGUGCUGCAUCAGCUCAAUCAGCGCAGCUCCAAUGUUUAGAACUUAUAAAAGAAUUAGAUAAGAAAAAUGGUUCACUAAGAGAGCACGAGGAUCGUGUCCUAAGGCUGGGGGAGCAACUAGACAAUUUACAGAAGGAUCUUCAGGCAAGGGAAUCUUCACAAAAGCAAUUGAAAGAUGAAGUUUUGAGAAUUGAGCACGAUAUUAUGGAGGCUCUAGCAAAAGCCGGAGAGAACAAGAAUUGUGAACUGCGGAAAAUAUUAGAUGAGGUUUCUCCUAAAAAUUUUGAGAAGAUGAAUAAGCUUCUAGGUGCUAAGGAUGAGGAAAUAGCAAAACUUAAGGAUGAAAUUAAGAUCAUGUCCGCUCACUGGAAGCUCAAGACCAAGGAAUUAGAGUCACAGUUGGAGAAACAGCGGCGUACUGAUCAGGAGCUGAAGAAGAAGGUGUUGAAGCUAGAAUUCUGUCUGCAGGAAGCUCGUUCCCAAACACGAAAACUCCAAAGGAUGGGUGAGCGACGGGACAAAGCUAUUAAAGAACUGAGAGAUCAAUUAGCGGCAAAGCAACAAAGAGAAGUUGUGGGUGCAGAAAAGCAAAAUCAGAAUUUCUGGGACACAUCCGGCUUCAAAAUCGUGGUCUCUAUGUCCAUGUUGGUCUUGGUGGUAUUUUCAAGGCGAUGA